UGGGUUUGAACAGCGGAGCGGCGGCGGCCGGAGCGGGGGGCAGCGGCCCGGGGCCGGGAGGGCCGCGGCGGCAGCGGCGGUACCACAUCCGUCAGAAAUGGAGAAAGUUUAUGCAGACCCCAUCACGGAAAUUGAUAACACAGAGAACAUCCGAGGGAAGCGGCUGUCCUCUAUUUUAAAGGCUCCACGAAAUCCUCUGGAUGAUCUGGGAAAUGGGAAUGAAUUGACACAGGAUAUCAACAUAGAGAAACGUAGGAGGAACUCCCGCCGUGUCAGCUUUGCCAACACCAUAAACUGCAGAGUCUUCCAGCCAGAUCUUAAGAAUAACACAGCAGAGAGAGAAAAUACAGAGUGUGCAGAAAAUACAGAGAAUGAUGUCUUGAAUGAAAAUGAAGAACCUGAGGCUGUUCCCUGUGAGAUCACUGGGAUGAACACCUUGCUUCAUGCCCCUAUCCAGGCACUGGUGCAGACUGAGUGGUAUGAUGCAGACAACGCCACUCAAAGACAAAACAGGCACAACACCACCUACAUCUUCUCAGAGGAGAAUGAAAUGGAUAUGACAGCCAGUCACACUGCUGUCAUCACACGUAACCUGAAGAACAACCAGGCUGAUGACACUGAGAAAAUAGAUAUCACGUCCUUUCUGGCAGGGUUAAACUCUAACAGUGGGAAGGCAGAAGGGAGCAAAGAAUUCCAAUUUUUCUCUGAUCCUACAAGCUAUUUGUGCCCACCUUCGGAACAGAAAGAAGAUGCAGCUACUGUAAAAAAAAUAGACUUCAAUGAAUUUUUGAUGAGCCUGAAGUCAAACGAGAAGACUCCGAGCCCUAUGGAGGGCCCUGAGAAAGAGAACGUUUUCUUUAUGCCUCCUCAAGUCACAGAAGCUGUGGCACCAUCAUCAGUGGAAUUUGCAUAUUCCCAUGAGCCACUGGACACCUGCAACGUGACCAAAGUCUUUAGAGGGGAAGAUGAUGGGAUGGAAGUGACCAAAUGCCAGGCAGCUGAUGUCAAAGCCAUGUUUUCUUGUCAAGCUCCACCACAGCAAUUACAGUGUGAGGAUGUUACCAAGGCCUUUGCAGAUGAUGGAAUGGAUAUGACAACCAGUCACACUGCAAAGGUGUCUUUUCCCUUCUCCAGUGUUGGGAAUCAAAGUCUAAACAUCCAAAAGGAUUUCCCAUCCACAGAGUUGGAUAAUUCCACAUUAAAGAGAGCAUCUCACCAGCACUUGAUUGUUCAGCAGGACCCUCAGCUUUGUACAGACAGAAAACCACUUGAAGACAGGCGAGAUCCCACCGUGCUGCAAGCUGCUAAACAAGAGGCCAGAGCAAUGGAUGCCAUCCCAGGAGCUGUUUCUUCUGAGCCUGUCUUCCGAGGUGAUAAAACUGAUGAUGUGUCUAAAUCUGAGGACAUGGAGAUAACUGGGAAUUACACAGAUGUCAUCUGUAAUGACAGCACCAAAGAAAUGAACAGUUCGCAUCAUAAAGCUUUUGAAAAGCCAGUUAAUGCAAACACUGAGCUGGCAGAACACAGCCAUGUGGCACGUGGUGGUAGGGACAUUGCAAAGAGCCUGGCAGCUUCGGAUCAUGGAGCUCCUGUGUUGUAUAAAACCAGUGCACUUGGACUGUCCUCAGGCUCGGAUGGACAAAGCAAGAAAGUGUCCCAAGAUCAUGGGAAUGCUUCAGUGAACGCUGGCUUCAGGUCCUGCACAAAUCCAGCAUCCUGUGAGGUUCCCAAGAGCAGACUCCAGCCCGGGCUAGGGAACUCACAGCUUAUUUCUCGGCCAGCUGAGAAGACAGUGAUAUUCUCAGGAGAAGACAUGGACCUGACCAAGACCUGUGUUGUCAAGGAUGGAGAGAAUGCUGAAAGUGAAUGUCCCGUUGGAGUGUUCGCCUCUGUCCCCUGCAAACCUCAUUUUCUUGAUAACAAAUCUACAUCUCCCAGUUUAAAUGAGCAGGAAGAAAUGGAAAUAACCAAGUGCCAUGCUGUUGUCAUUGAUGAUCAAGGCAAGAGGAUAACUGCAGAAGCAAAACAAAUGCAUUGUAAAAUAAUUCCAAGAAAGAACCAGAAUACAAAUGUCAGUGAAGGUGCAAAUUAUUCAGAUAUGGACAAGGAAAAUCGUGAGGUGAUCAGCACCAAUGGGAAUGUUAAAAGAAGCCAAGCUGUAAAAUUGAAUGCUGUGGAUCUUGAGGUGGUUGAAAAGCAGCUUGGAAAACCAAACUUUCAGGCAAGUGGUGCAAGUUCCUGUGCAAAGAGUGUGUGUCCACUGCAAGAGCAAAAGAGAGAAGUCCCUGAGAACAGUGUCACCAACUCCAGUGCAUUCGUGUCUUUGCAAAGUCAAAAAGUUAUGGCACAACCUUUGGGAAAAAAACACGUAAUCCCUUCAGUUUCCUGCACAAAUGACAGAACAGGCACAUUUUCAGGUGAGCAAAACAGUGACGUGAGCAAAACUCAUCCUCCUGCCUUUGCUGCUGCUCCUGUGAAUGCAGUACAAGAACAUGGGAAUAAUCAUAACCACAGUAAAGUGUUAUCCCAGCAGCUGCAGAACCAGACCUCCCAGUGCCCCGGCAGUUCUGCUGUAGGGGUCAGGAGUCAGACUGCAGCAGUAGAACAUGUGGCUUUGAAAAUGAACACCAAUAAUCAAACUGUUACUUCUUUGGCUCCAAAUGGUUCAUUUAUUCCCAGUAAUGAGCCUGCUCCCUCUGGAAUGAAAGGGAAUGAGCAGCGUGGAACAGCAUUAGGACUAAAUGCCAGCGGCCAAAGCUCAGGCAGGCCGGAGAAAGCACAUCCUAUGAAGGUAGGAAAUGAAGCUUUGCCAACUCGAGAAGAUUCUAGGAGAGGUUUUGCAGUUGAUACAAGAGUUUCUUCUGAGGAGGCUUUUAAAAGUCCCCACGGAGCUGGUGGCCUGUGCUCGAGGGGUGCUGAGGAGCCAGUUCAGGCCACUGCCUCUGAACCACACAUGGGACAUGCCCAAGUGCCUUCGUUCUUUGAGAAGUCAGUUGUGUUUCCCUCUGGUGAAAACAUGGACUUGACAGGAAACAUCAAUGCUACGUUAUCAGCAAGAAAAGCAGUACCUGGAUUCCAUGUUCAGGAUGAAAACAAAAUAAUGUCCUUAAGAAAAGGGGUCACAAUGACAGUGAAUCCUCAGGAGCAGCCUGUGUGUGAUGUGCACUCUUUGGUAUCUGGCAAGAAAACGUUAACCAUGAGUGAUUUAAAACAUCUGCCUCUUGCAGAUGAGGCAACAACCAUAUUCUCAGAAGAUGCUGACAUGGACAUCACCAGGAGCCACACAGUGUCAGCAGACAACAAAAUAACUGUGCAGCUUAGAAGUUCCAAUGAUGACCCAUCCUUAAUUGCUGGAGAUAAAACUUGUGUUUUUACCUACAAUAAUGAUAUGGAAAUAAGCAGACUGGAUACUGCUGUAAUUGAUAAACCUAUGGAAAAGGCUGCACCUCGAGGGAUACUUAACAUAGCUGAAAGGACUGGAAGGAAAAGCUUGAAGGGAACAGCAGGGGAAAAGACUGUUUUAUUUUCACUGAGUGAUGACAAUAAUGACAUGGAGAUCACAGAGAGCCACACGGCUGCUAUAGGCCAUGAAAUGGUCUUGCAGAAUGAGGGAGGGCUUCAAUCCCUCUCUGCAGCUCACCCCAUUAAAAGUGCUGUGUUCACAAGCAGCCAGGCUGACAUGGACACUACCAGGUCUUGCUCUGCUGAUAAAAUUGCUGUAAAAGUUGCAUGUGAUGAUAAACCAAAGUGGGAUAAGGCAGUUGCAGAGCAAGUGCUUUCAAAUGGUGAAGCUACUGUGUUUGCUCUGGAUGACAUGGACAUCACUAGAACCCACCAUGUAACUUUGGAAGAAGAUUCCCUGCGAGGCAGGCAGCCCCGUGGGGCUGUUCCUGUGACUCCCACAAUGAUGUUCACGGGUUACCAGGCUGAGAUGGAAAUAACUGAGUCUCACCCUGUUGAUCAAAGUGUUGCAAGAGGCUUUUGUGAGGACAGGCUGAAGCUGGCCCAGCAGCUCGAGCAGGAGGCUGUGGCAGGUUCCAAAACAGUCAUUUUCACUUUGGCUGAGGACAUGGAGAUCACUAAAGCUCAGACAGCUGUGGGGCAUGGUGAAAUGGUGCUGGGCAGAGAGGCCAUCCCAGCCAGGUCUGCAGCUCCUGCUGAUAAAACCAUUGUGUUCACCCACAACCAAGAUGAUAUGGAAAUAACUGCAUCCCACACUGUUGCUGUUAAUAACAAUAUCAGUGGAUUGGAGGACCAGGAGGCAUCACAGAAGAGCACUCAGCAAGCAGACUUGCAUCGUGGGUUGUCCUCUUGCAGAGAUGAAACAGAUUCCUCACAUCCAGGAGACCUGAAUGGUGAAUGUCCUCCAAAAUCUAAGGAUGAGCCUAGCAUUCCCUCUUCUGCCUCAUCAGCCUCAGUGUUCCCUAGUGAGAAAGGAGCUAUCCCAGACCCCAGUGGCACAUCACCAAAUCCUGUGUGUUCUGUCUCACUUUCAGAAGAGACCAUGGAUGUGGGGGCACCGCAGGAUCUGGGCCUUCCCAUGGGUAUUUCUGUCCCUGUGAGCAGGGAGCAGGAUCUCAUUCCACCAGAAAACCUGAACUCAAAGAGAAAAUCUUCCAGACUUCCAAGUAAGAGUCCCACGGAUUGUGGGGAAGAAAGUGGUGAUUUAACAUCCCAUGUUUCACUUCCCAAUCCAGCAAUGAAGGGUUCUCCAGAUGCAUGUAGUACACAGGGAAAACAAGGACUAGAAGAGGAUUCAUGUAGAGUUGAAGAUUUAGCUACAGACUUGGGCUUGGCUGGAGUAAAUCUUGUUACUGUCUCUAACAAGGAGUCAAAGGAAAACCAGGGGCUGUCAGCUGAGGGGGAGACACCACCAAAAGACUUUCAAAUCAACUCUGACCAAACAAAGCAACCUGUGGUCAGUGGCAGCCCAAGAGAUGUUGGAGAUCCCGCUCAUGCCUCUGACUUCUCAGGUAUUUUAAAUAUUUGUUCAAAACUGAAGAAUAUUAGAAGGAAAUCUGCAGUUUUACCUGUUUCUAAAACUGCUUUUUCUGACCAGCUGCCCAGUUCCUCAGCUCAGCCAGAGGAUACUUUGAGGGGAGGGAAAAAUACUCUAAAUGAACCAAGUAAUACCAAAGAGCAGGAGGACACAUGCCUUGAUUCUGGAGCUGCUCCCACAGAUGCACAUUUAGGCAUGGCCUUAAAGGGUCCAUACCAAGGAAUAAAUGUCCCUCUGGGCAUCUUCCAGCCUAAGUUACCCAACAGAAGGAAUCCUCCUGUUUCUAGUGUACAAGACACAAAUGCAAAGUCCUCAGGCAAAGGAGAAGCACCAGUUUCAGAAGUAACCACUGGUGAAACCCCAGGUUACAAGAAGUCCAUGAAGCAGAACUUCAGCCCCUCUCAGUUUAUAGCAGAAGAAUUUCUUCCUGUCUGCCUGGAAGAAAUGGAUUCAAAUGAAUUUGUAAACUCUGAGCUCAUGGAAAAUAACUGCAGUGAGAUAAACAAAAACCCAAUCUCCCACGAUGAAAAGAAUCAAACUGAAGAGACAAAAACUUGCAACACAAAAAGAUCUUUGGAACAAGAUGAGGAGGAUCCUCAAAGUCCAAAGAAGGCCAAGAGGGAUGAAAACUUGGAUGCUGAGACCUCUCCAGACCUGCAGGUAACUCUUGGUGCUGAGUCUCAAAGCCAAGCAGAAGUUCGCAAAGGGGAAGAGCCUCCAACUCUCUCAGCUAAAAGCCCUGACUGUACCCACGCCAGCACCAGCAGCUCUCUGGAUUCUGUUAAAGCCGAUGCAGAACUAACAAUCCAGCGAAGCAGUCGGAUGGAGUCUCAGCUUCUCAAUGACAGCAUCUGUGAGGAUAACUUACGGGAGAAAUUUCAGAGUGGUGUUAUCACAGUUGGGGAGUUUUUUACACUUCUUCAAGUCCACGUUCCAAUUCAGAAGCCCCGGCGGAGCCAUGUUCCAGCCAGUGGUGCAGUCAGUGCAGCUCCUACCCCACAAGACCUCAUGUACAGCCAGUAUGUGCAUCGCCCCAAGCUACAUAUUUAUGAAGAAGAUUGCCAGGCCCUUUCUCAGCUGAUAGAGGAGUUAAAACCAUGUGCAAAUGUCCAGGAUCAGCUCCUGGUGAAUGUGAAUAAGACUUUGUGGGAAGUAAUGAGAACCUGCUCUGAUGAAGAGCUGAAGAGCUUUGGAGCAGAAAUGAACAAAAUGAAAUCCUACUUUGCCAAAGAGAGUAAAAUCUUGGGUCACAACCAGAAGGUGACAUUAUACAGCAAAUUGCUGCAGAGUGCACAGGAACAACAUGGGAAGCUCCAGUCCAGAAUAGAGCAGGUGGAUGGAUUGCUGAAGGAGGCAGAGAGCUGCCUUGUUGCUUUGGGAACAGGUUCUGACUGGGAUGAAGGGGAAGCAGACAGUGGUGGCAAUGAUGAAAUGGCAGAAGGGAAAAACCUACAGGAAGAACUGGAAAACCUCAAAGCCCAAGAAGAGGAACUUCAAAGAGAACUGUCAGAACUGGAGACUGAGAAUGAGCAAAUGCUGGCUGAGAUGAACCAGCUAAAGAAGAAAGAAAAAAGCUGUCAGGAAAUCCUGGAGAAAUACGACUUCACUGAGUGGCAGAUUACAGAGUGGAGUGAACAACAGGCAGUCUUUAGUUUUCUUUAUGAUUCUAUUGAACUCACAGUGGUGUUUGGACCCCCAAUAGAUGGUGAUGUUUUUGGUGAAGAUCCUUCCAGAAAGAUAGUUAGCCUGAACUUUGAAUCCUUCUUGGAUGAGGAAAAAGCACCACCCUCCUCAUGUCUAGUCCAAAGACUCAUCUUCCAGUUCAUCGAAAGUCGGGGCUGCUGGCAGGAGAAGUGUCCCACACUGUACUACCUGCCCCAGGCUCUUCAUGACAUCUCUUUGGUGGUGAAUCGCUGCAAGAUCUUGGGAGAGGAGAUGGACUUUCUGGAGAGAUGGGGUGGAAAGUUCAAUCUUCUGAAGACAGAGAUCAAUGACACAAGGGUGAAGCUUUUGUUCUCUGCUUCAAAAGUUUUUGCCAAGUUUGGGUUGACCCUGUCUCUGUCUGCCACCUACCCCUCUGCUCCACUGCCUUUUACUUUCCAAAACCAAGUUGGGAAUAUUGGGGAGGAGGAGAUUUCUGCUGUUGUCUCCAAGGUACCAGUUGGUUACCACUAUCUGCGGAGGAUAGUCAGCUCCAUUCACCAGAGCUUGCUCCAGGACCCCAGAUGAUUCCCUGGAUCCACUGGCAGGACUGAGGAAGUCAGACUGCAUAUUCUUUGAUUUCAGUGUUGGGAGUUCAAGCUGUCUCUCCCCAGAACAGGAGUGCUUUACCUUUAGCUAUUCAGCUCUUUACUACUCUUGUCUAUUAAUGGGUUGAUAUCCAGGGUGCUUGGUGUAGGGCACAAGUUUUAUCAAAGCAGAGGACUCUAAAGAGGAGAUUGGGUUUAUCAAAGACAUAAGAAAUUCCUAUCUGCCUUUUACCUUCUUUCAGUUACCAGUGGCCUUGGCCUCCGUGUAUAGUCCGUCCCAGUAUGGAUGUUCUCCUGACAUAGGAUGUUAGUUUUGUUCUGGGUUGAUUUACAAAGCACUUGUUUAAACCAAUUAUGAGUAUUUGCUAAAUUAACAUGACUGGAAUUACCAUUAUCAUUCUUUACUCUGGUGUAACGUUUCAAGAGAGCCCAUCACGUUUGACUUCUAUUCAUUCCCUGGAUCCCCUCCCAAAAGACAGCAACUACAGUCCUGCUUCUGAUUAACAGAUACCUGUAAUAACUAACCAGGUGGCCAAAGGCAGAAACACUCUUGGCAUGAAGACUAAAGACCCUUAGGCUUGACCAUGGACUUGGUGGUGCAACAGACUGGAAGCCACUGGGGUCCAUCUGCACCUUGGACGCUUGUUCUGACAUUCUCUUUGUCCAGCACAGUCUCUGUGGGUUCCAGUACGUUGUCUGAGUUUGGAAUGUGUUAGUUUUAGUGAGGAGAUGGAGCUGUUUAAGUUCAGGUGGUUCUAACACCAUGUGCAGCCUCCAGUGCUGCUGUAUAUAUUCUGUAUAUUGUGUAGGAAUGGAUCUAACCCCAAGGGAGUGUAUUGUGUAGAAGUGCCUCCAGUUCUCAGCUUUCCCUUCUGGAGGCAGGAGCCAAUCUUUGUGUCUGUAAAAUAUGUUCUCGUGUGUUCGUGUUUAUCUGUUGUUGCCUUCUUACAGAUUUUCCUUCCGUUUGGAAGGUGGAAGUUCAUUAAACAUUUGAAUUAUUGCUCA